AUGAAGCCCAAUUCGGCUGGGACGACGAGGGAGUUGGAGCCGCAGGCGCCCGCCCGGGGCGAGCAGCGCGCCGCGGAGCUCGAGGGGCGCUGGCGGGAGAAGGGCGAGGCGGACACGGAGCGGCAGCGCACCCGGGAGCGGCAGGAGGCUACGCUGGCCGGCCUGGCGGAACUGGAGUACCUGCGCCAGCGCCAGGAGCUGCUGGUCCGGGGCGCCCUGCGUGGCGCCGAGAGCACGGGGACCACUGCGCCCCGCGCCGGCGAGCUGCCUGUGGAAGCGGCGCAGCGGAGCCGCCUGGAGGAGAAGUUCUUGGAGGAGAACAUCUUGCUACUCAGGAAGCAGUUGAAUUGUUUGAGAAGAAGAGAUGCUGGUUUGUUGAAUCAGUUGCAAGAACUCGACAAGCAGAUAAGCGACCUAAGGUUGGAUGUGGAAAAGACAUCUGAAGAGCACCUGGAGACAGACAGCCGGCCCAGCUCAGGUUUUUAUGAGCUGAGUGAUGGGGCUUCGGGGUCCCUUUCCAAUUCCUCUAACUCAGUCUUCAGUGAGUGUUUAUCCAGUUGUCAUUCCAGUACUUGCUUUUGUAGCCCCUUGGAGGCAACCUUGACCAUCUCAGAUGGCUGUCCCAAGUCUGCAGAUGUGAAUCCCAAGUACCAGUGUGACCUGGUGUCUAAAAAUGGGAAUGAUGUGUAUCGCUACCCCAGUCCACUCCAUGCCGUGGCUGUGCAGAGCCCGAUGUUUCUUCUCUGCCUGACGGGCAGCCCUCUGAGGGAAGAGGAGAGGCUGCUGGGUCACCAUGCCAAUGACAUCUGCAUCGGACCCGAGCUCAGCUCCAUCAAAACGGACAGUUCCUUACCAUCGCCAAACAGUCUGUGGUCUGCUCCCCACCCUGCAUCCAGUAAGAAAAUGGACGGCUACAUUCUGAGCCUCGUCCAGAAGAAAACCCACCCUGUAAGGACCAACAAACCUAGAACCAGUGUGAAUGCAGAUCCCACAAAAGGGCUCCUGCGGAAUGGGAGCGUGUGUGUCCGCGUGACGAGUGGAGUCUCACAGGGCAACGGUGCCAACCUUAAGAAUUCUAAGCAGGUGUGCUUGCCAUCUGGUGGCAUACCUUCUUUGGACAAUGGGACAUUCUCCCCACUGAAGCAGUGGUCAAAAGAGUCCAAAGUGGAACAACUGGAAAGCAAGAGGUUGCCCCCACCAGAGGGCUGUUCCCCGGGCACUGUCACUGAACUUCCGAGUAAGCUUUUGCCAAAAAAUGUCAAAGCAGCCUCUCAAGAAAAUGCCCGGUGUCCCGUUGCUGUAGCCGGGGAGGCCCCAAAAGACAACGGCCAGAUGUCAGUGGUCUCUCCGAAAGAGAGCCCAGGGAGGGUCCCCCCGCCGCUGCAGGAGAGCAAGGUGGUCCCACCAUCGAAGAAGGUGGCUCAGAAAAGCAGCCUGCAGGUGGCUCCCCCUGCCGCUCCUCCACUGCUGCCCUCCGUCUCCGUCCCUGUCGAGGACAGGCCAGCCUUGGAUUUCAAAAGCGAGGGCUCUUCUUCCCAAAGCCUGGAGGAAGGGCACCUGGUCAGCGCCCAGUUCAUUCCGGCGCCGCAGCCGAGUGCCCGGCUGCACCGGGGCAGCAAGAGCACGGGCAUCCCGAAGACCUCCACCCUGAAGCACAGAGCCCAGGCCCUCCACGGGGCCGAACACGGCCUGCCCGCCGUGAGGGAGAAGAGCCGGGCAGGCGGCAAGAAGUGUCGGUUUCCUGACGACCUGGAUACAAAUAAGAAACUCAAGAAGGCCCCGGCCAAAGGGAGAAGGAGCGGAAAUGGCUCGGCCGAGGCGGGACUUCCGGGCAGGCUCCUGGGCGGCAGCCAUAGGGCUGGGAGCCGGGCCCAUGAUCACGGACGGGAUCCAGUGGUGGCCAAACCUAAGCACAAGCGAACCGAUUAUCGGCGGUGGAAGUCCUCCGCGGAGAUUUCCUAUGAGGAAGCGCUGAGAAGGGCCCGGAGAAAUCGCCGAGAAAAUGUGGGCGUGUAUGCAGCGCCAGUGCCCAUUCCGUAUGCCAGUCCCUACGCCUAUGUGGCCAGUGACUCCGAGUAUUCGGCCGAGUGCGAGUCGCUGUUCCACUCCACCGUGGUGGACACCAGCGAGGACGAGCAGAGCAAUUACACCACCAACUGCUUCGGGGACAGCGAGUCCAGCGUGAGCGAGGGUGAAUUUGUGGGGGAGAGCACAACCACCAGUGACUCCGAGGAAAGUGGCGGAUUAAUUUGGUCCCAGUUUGUCCAGACUCUCCCCAUUCAAACAGUCACAGCCCCAGACCUUCACAACAACCCCACAAAAACCUUUGUCAAAAUCAAGGCUUCACAUAACCUCAAGAAGAAGAUCCUGCGCUUUAGGUCUGGUUCUUUGAAACUGAUGACAACAGUUUGA